GGAGAGAGCUGCGAGGACAAGAGCCCCCCCGGGCCGGCCUCCAAGCGGGUGCGCACAGCCUACACCAGCGCGCAGCUGGUGGAGCUGGAGAAGGAGUUUCACUUCAAUCGCUACCUGUGCCGGCCGCGCCGGGUGGAGAUGGCCAACCUGCUCAACCUGACCGAGCGGCAGAUCAAGAUCUGGUUCCAGAACCGCCGGAUGAAGUACAAAAAAGACCAGAAAGCCAAAGGCAUCAUGCACUCCCCCGUCGGACAGUCCCCGGACCGCAGCCCCCCCCUGAGCGGCCCAAACCACGUCGGCUAC